AUGCAAGUCACAGAAAUCAAAGGCUAUUCAGUGAAAUUCCCUAUGAAUCUUCCAAUUAUAUUAUUAUCAAACAAUGGAGGCUCAAAUAUCUCACAUGUUACUAUGUUCAUCCUACAAGGUUUCUCCAUUGAAUAUUUAUCACAAGUUGUUCUUUUCAUUGUAUUUCUCCUUAUUUAUCUUCUCUCCAUCAUGACUAAUGUCCUUAUCAUCUGCAUUGUAAAAAUGGCUCCUCAUCUCCACAAACCCAUGUAUUUCUUUCUGAGCAAUUUUGCUUUCCUUGAAAUUUGGUACAUUUCUGUUACUGUCCCUAAAAUGUUGUCUGACUUCCUCACUCAGAAGAAGACUAUCUCCGUCAAGAGCUGCAUGAUGCAAUUUUAUUUAUUUUUCUUAUUUGGAUCCACAGAGAACUUUCUUCUUGCAGCAAUGUCUUUUGACCGGUAUGUUGCCAUCUGUUACCCUUUAAGGUACUUGCUCAUCAUGAAUGAAAGCUUCUGUAGACUGCUGGCCGCCGGAGCAUGGAUAAUAAGUGUGAUCGCUAUGACGGUUGUAAUGAUACCUAUAACCAGAUUAUCUUUCUGUGGCUCUAACGUAAUUGACCAUGUUUUCUGUGACUUUUCACCACUGGUCAAAAUUGCAUGCCAAGGUGUUAAAUUAAGUGAAGUCAUCUUCUUCUUUCUUGCUGGCCUAGUGAGUGGAGGAUGCUUUAUCCUCAUCAUAGCAUCCUACACCCAUAUUAUUCUAACUGUACUUUCCACCUCUUCAGCCUCUAGACUUCGAAAUGCCUUUACUACCUGUGCCUCACACUUCCUUGUGAUCUUUAUUUACUAUGGGACAGUUAUAUUUAUAUAUAUGAGACCAUCAGCAUCAAUAUCCUUCCAGGUAGAUAAGGUGGUCUCUGUUUUCUACUCUGCAUUGACGCCAUUACUAAACCCACUUAUCUACAGUUUAAGGAACAAGGAGGUCAGAGAAGCAAUACAAAAUAUUUUGGCCAAUCGCUUGUCUAAGAGAAAGGGAUGUUGA